AGUUUCAGCUCAAGCUGUUUAUCGAAGGCACAACGCCUCCAACUCCGUGCCAGAACUUGGGACAAAAUGUCGAAGCCAUGUGUCCUGCAUUUCUUGGACACCAAAUUGCUGCAGGAAUACACAGGCACAUGUGAGGAAUACUCGGGCUACGUGAAGAAGCCUGGCUUCUGCCACCAUCUCAAAACGAUGUUGACCUGCAAACAUUCCGACUGGUGUACGGCUUUCCGGGAGUGGGGCAUCCUCCAGUUGUACUUCGCCAUUAUGGUGGCCAUUGCUUCCACCAUCAUCAAUAUCGUGGAUGGAAAGGUGGGCAUCGUGAAUGCUACCUGGAUCUGUUGCGUGCAGAUCAUUUUUGGCUACAUCUUCGCCCACCUCGGGUGGUUCGGCGUUGUGAAAAAGGAUGGCUGCUUUUGCUGUAUCAUUGCUUGUUGCGAAUGCCCACCCAUCUUGCUCUUCUGGGGCCUUCUCAUGAUGUUUUGGGCAUGUGGUGCAGUGGCUACUGCGAUCAGCUCCAUCGGCGUCUGUCCGAUUUGCGUGGUGAACGUCUGUCUCCAGAGCAUCUAUGCCAUAAUCCUCUUUUACAUGGGAUUCGCAUGCUUGAUGCUAAGGUGA